CAUACUCGUGCUCAUUCACCUUCAGAUCCCUCCUCAGGAGCAAGGGAAUUAGAACGAUUUCGCGCUCGAUCAACCAUGCGCGACUUUCUACAUCGUUUCUACCCGUACCAGGCAUUGAGGCUCAUGCUUCAGCGAAUGAAACCAACUGGUGCAACGAAAGCGACGUCCAUAGCAGCUGGACGAACAAAAAAAGGAGAAAGCAACAUUGACGAAACACAGACCCGCCCUGAAUUUGACGCAGUGCAAGCGCAGAGACAAUUAGUAUCACUCUUCAAUGCCUUAAAACAGACAGUUCCUGUUACAACUCCCAAGGAGAAUGGUGAGAAAACUCGAACAAAUGACAGUAAUAUCCGAGUUCGUCAAUCAGUAUUAGAGCAACAGCAAGGGUUCUGUCUCAAAAUUGGACCAUCCCGAAUCCCGAAUGCUGGCUUAGGGGUCUUUCUUUAUUCCAAAUGUCCAGACAGACGACGAACGAUCGCAGCAGGUACGGUGGUUGCCAUGUAUCCAGGCGUCUUAUUUGAGCCUGGAGAAGCCACUUUUUUCAACUCGAUUCACAACCGAUACAUUUUAAAAUGCAAUGACGGGAUUUAUGUGGACGGUAAGGCUAAAGGGCUUUCUGGAUCUAUAUUUCGAUCUGUUAACGGGCGGGAUAAUUUUCCAGGGACAAUAUCUACAGCAGAUACCACUUGGAUGGUUGAUUGGAAUUUGUAUGUUAAGCGAGCCAUGCUGGAAAUAGAAGCUAUGAAGGGGAAGGAGAUAUCGUCGGCCAUGCCUUUAAUAUCAGUAUCAAGAAAUGAGCCUCCCUCAGAUAUUACUUUAGCAAAGAAAAGGGUAACGAGACCAAUAGUGGUAGAGAAAGAAGAUGAAAAUGAGGAUAGGGGAGUAGAAGGAGGAAGGAGAGGAGAAGGAGAAGGAGAAAAAGGAGAAACAGAAGAAGGAGAGGAAGGAGAGCUGAGAGUACCCACAGGGGUCAUCAAAAAUCCGUUGGCGGUUGGACAGAUCGUCAACAAUGGAACUAGGUUAUUUCCCUCCAAUGUUCGGUAUCAGGAACUGGAUAUCGAAACUAAUGACUGUCCUUUAGAACUGCAAGAGUUUUUGCCAAACAUUUGGUACUCGAGAGACUGGCAUACCAACAAUUAUGAUCACGAUCACGAUCACGAUCACGAUCAUCGUCAUGAUGACAAUAGUGCUACUGACAGAAGUAGCAGCAGAAACAAUGGAAGUAGGUAUAACACUACAGACCAGGGAUCUCAAGCAAAUCUGAACUAUUUGCGUACUGUCGUGUUGGUUACUACGAAGCCUGUCAAGUCAGGAGAAGAACUUUAUUCCACUUACAUUGAGCAAUAUGUAUAAAUAAUCAAUUAAACGCAUCGUGUGAAUUCUGUACAGCAAUAAAUCCUUUAAUGUCUAAAUUGAAGAUAAUGAAUAACAACACAAUACAAAAUGCUUUUUUUUUUUUUUUUUUUUUUUGUAUCUUUGAUUAUUGAAUCUGAAAUAAUAAAAAAACACCAUCCGUGAUCCAGUCGCUCCCUCACACAAGCUACGGAGAAAUAUUGACGCUAUCCUGACAAGAUGCCAACACCUUCUUUAAUUCUUUGUCUGAGCCUCUUUCCUGUAAUUUUGGAAUAGAUUACAACAAUAAUG